CUCCGAGGGUGGGGAGGGUGGGGGCGGGGGACGAUUCUCCCUCCCCGUGGGAGACACCGCCUUCCUCUUUCAUCCUCCCCUCGGCGCUGCGCAGCUGCAACCGCCUCUGGAGACCAACGCUCGGGUUCGGGUCUCUGACCCGCUCCUCUCCUCCGUCCGCUUCUUUCCUUUCCCUCUGGGCUUCUCCUCCUCCCUUCCCCUCCCCCCAUCAAAGCCAUGGUGCUGGAGUCGGUGGUCGCGGACCUGUUCAAUCGCUUCUUAGGGGACUACGUGGAAAACCUGGACAAGUCCCAACUGAAGCUGGGCAUCUGGGGCGGUAAUGUGGCCUUAGAUAACCUGCAAAUAAAAGAAAAUGCUCUGAGUGAAUUGGAUGUUCCCUUUAAAGUAAAAGCUGGCCAAAUAGAUAAACUUAUUUUGAAGAUUCCUUGGAAGAAUUUGUAUGGGGAAGCAGUUGUUGCAACUUUAGAAGGGUUGUAUCUACUUGUUGUCCCUGGAGCUAGUAUCAAAUAUGAUGCUGGAAAAGAAGAAAAAUACCUACAGGAAAUUAAACAGAGAGAUCUAUCAAGAAUUGAAGAAGCCUUACAAAAAGCUGCUGAGAAAGGCGUACACUCAGGGGAGUUCAUAUAUGGCUUGGAGAACUUUGUUUACAAGGACAUCAAGCCGGGACGUAAACGUAAAAAGCACAAAAAGUAUUUUAAGAAACCUUUUAAAGGUCUUGAUCGCUCAAAAGAUAAGCCAAAGAAAGAAAAAAAAGAUACAUUUUUGGAAAAGCUGGCAACUCAGGUCAUAAAAAAUGUACAAGUGAAAAUUACAGAUAUUCAUAUUAAAUAUGAAGAUGACGUAACUGAUCCAAAGCGACCUCUUUCAUUGGGAGUGACAUUGGGAGAACUUAGUCUUUUGACUGCUAAUGAAAAUUGGACUCCCUGUAUAUUAAAUGAAGCUGCAAAGAUCAUAUACAAGCUUGUAUGCCUUGAUAGUCUUAGUGCCUAUUGGAAUGUAAACUGCAGUACAUGUUAUCGUGGAUCCAAGGAACAGAUAUUGGAUCAUUUGAAAAGUGGAAUCCCUUCCAGUAUUAGUAGCAGUAGCAGUGGAUCUCCAAACUAUCAAUAUAUUUUCAGGCCAAUAUCUGCCUCUGCAAAACUUUACAUGAAUCCUCAUGCAGAAACUGAACUCAAAACACCCAAACUUGAUUGCAAUAUAGAAGUACAGAACAUUGCUAUUGAAUUGACCAAGCCCCAGUACCUCAGUAUGAUUGAUCUUCUGGAAUCAUUGGAUUAUAUGGUUAGGAAUGCUCCAUACAGGAAAUAUAGACCUUGUUUGCCAUUACAUACUAAUAGUCAACAAUGGUGGAAAUAUGCAAUUGAUGCUGUUCUUGAAGUUCACAUAAGACGAUCUACCCGGAUGUGGUCAUGGAAUAAUAUAAAAAAGCACAGGCAGUCUCUUAAGUGUUAUAAAAAUGUAUACAAAAAUAAGCUAACCCAGAAUAAAGUCACAGAAGAAAUACAAAAUGAAAUUCAGGACUUGGAGAAGAAUCUUGAUGUUUUCAAUAUUAUUUUAGCAAGACAACAAGCACAAGUUGAAGUGAUUCGAUCUGGGCAAAAAUUGAGAAAAAAAUCAGCUGAUAUAGGAGAGAAGCGUAGUGGAGGCUGGUUUAGUGGGUUCUGGGGUAAGAAAGAAACCAAGAAAAAAGAUGAUGAUGAAUCCUUGGUUCCUGAAACCAUUGAUGACCUUAUGACUCCAGAGGAAAAGGCAAAACUUUUCACUGCCAUUGGAUAUAGUGAAAGUACCCACAAUUUAAUUUUACCUAAGCAGUAUAUUGCUCACGUAAUGACACUAAAACUUCUCAGUACAUCUAUUACAAUCAGAGAAUACAAAAAUGUUCCGGAGAUACUUAAAGUACAAAUUAUUGGCUUAAGCACUCGAGCAUCUCAGCGGCCAGGAGCACAGGCACUUAGGAUCGAAGCAAAAUUGGAACAUUGGUAUGUAACUGGUCUAAUGCAGCAAAAUAUUGUUCCAUCUCUUGUGGCUUCCAUUGGGGAAACUAGCUCAUCACUGCUUAAUAUUGAAUUUGAGACCAAUCCAGAGGAUAGCACUGCUGAUCAAACUCUAGUAGUUCAGUCUCAACCUGUAGAGAUCAUUUAUGAUGCAAAAACAAUAAAUGCAAUGGUAGAAUUCUUUCAAGCAAGUAAGAGUUUAGACCUUGAGCAGAUAACAACAACAACAUUGAUGAAACUGGAAGAAAUUAAAGAAAAAACAGCCACAGGACUUACCCACAUUAUUGAAACACGGAAAGUUCUUGAUUUAAGAAUUAAUUUGAAGCCUUCCUACCUCAUAGUACCAAGAACAGGAUUCCAUCAUGAAAAGUCAGAUAUUCUAGUUUUGGAUUUUGGUACUUUUCAGCUAAACAGUAUAGGUCAAGGUGAAAGAAAAACUACUACUUCAUCUCUAGAAGAAAUAAUGGACAAGGCAUAUGACAAGUUUGAUGUUGAAAUUAAAAGUGUCCAGUGUCUUUUUGGAAGAUCAGGGGAAGAUUGGAAAAAAGCUCGAUUUCAGCACCCAUCAUCUUUGCAUAUAUUACAGCCAAUGGAUAUCCAUGUUGAGUUGGCUAAGGCAAUGGUGGAAAAAGACAUUAGAAUGGCCAGAUUUAAAGUUUCAGGUGGGCUUCCUUUGAUGCAUGUGAGACUAUCUGAUCAAAAGAUAAAAAAUGUACUGGGUUUGAUUCAUAGCAUACCCCUGCCGACAAGAUCAGAUGUGCCUUCUCCAGAAAGAAAGGUAGUAACUAUGCCCAUUAUUUCUGAUGAGACAAAAAGACUGCUUAACACUUCGCUGCUACUAGAAGAAAUAGAAUCAGAGUCUGAUGAUGAAUAUUUUGAUGCUGAGGAUGGAGUACAACCAACUAGCAGAAGUAUUAAAGCAUCUGAGAUGAGUAAAGUUACAGAACCCCCAAAUGAAGAGCUUAUUGAUCUUCAGCUCAAAUUUGAAAUUAAAGAGGUGAUUUUGGAACUUACCAAGCAACAGGAAAAAGAAGAUACGAUUCUUGUUUUUAAUGUCAUGCAAUUGGGGACAGAAGCUACUGUUAGACCAUUUGAUAUAGUUAUAGUCUCUUAUUUGAAGAAAAUAAGCUUGGAUUAUCAUGAAAUUCAAGGGACCAGAAAGAAACCCCUUCAUCUGAUUAGUUCUUCUGACAAAUCUGGGUUAGAUCUUUUAAAAGUGGAAUAUAUCAAGGCUGACAAGAACGGACCUAGUUUUCAAACUAAUUUUGAAAACACCGAGCAAACAUUUAAGGUGGCCUUUUCAUCUUUAAAUCUCUUACUGCAAACACAAGCCCUUCUCUCUUCUAUUAAUUACCUAACUACAGUUAUCCCAUCAGAGGGCCAAACUAUUGCUGAGACAGAGUCACAGCUUCACAGUGAAAAGCAACUAAAAAAUAUUAUUCUGAAGAAAGUGACUGUACCCUCCAAAGAUAAUGACAUUUUUAAUUUCAAGCUAUUUGCAAAGUUGAAUGCUUUCUGUGUCACUGUUUGUGAUGAAAAACACAAUAUUGCUGAAAUAAAGAUUCAAGGCCUUGAUUCUUCCCUUUCUCUUCAAUCAAAAAAACAGUCACUUUUUGCACGACUAGAGAAUAUAAUUGUCACAGAUGUUGACACUAAUACAAUUCAUAAACAGGUUGUUUCAAUAAUGGGCAAUGAAGUUUUCCGUUUUAAUUUGGAUUUAUAUCCUGAUGCUACUGAAGGAGAUGCUUAUGCUGACAUGUCUAAAGUGGAUGGUGUAGUGUCACUGAAUGUGGGAUGUAUUCAGAUAGUCUAUCUUCAUAAAUUCCUCAUGUCACUCUUGAAUUUCUUGAACAAUUUUCAUAUGGCCAAAGAAGCACUGAGUGCUGCCACUGCCCAAGCUGCAGAAAAGGCUGCCACGAGUGUGAAAGAUCUUGCCCAGAGGAGUUUUCGUGUUGCUAUCAGUAUUGAUUUGAAGGCACCAGUUAUCAUUAUUCCACAGUCUUCCAUUUCCUCUAAUGCAGUGGUGGUUGAUCUUGGAUUGAUCAGAAUACAGAACAAGUUUAGUCAGGUGUCUGGUGAAGACUGCUUACUCCCUCCAGUAAUUGACAAAAUGGUUGUGCAGCUAACAAAGCUUAAACUUUCUAGAACAGUGAUUCAGCCAGGUGUUUUUCAUCCUGAUAUUCAGCUACUACAUCCUAUUAAUUUGAAUAUUUUGGUGAAUCGGAAUUUAGCUUCAGCUUGGUAUCACAAAAUUCCUAUAAUGGAAAUUACAGGACAUCUUGAUGCAAUGAAUGUUGGCCUAAAUCAGGAUGAUUUGAGUCUUCUGCUUAGAAUAUUAGAAGAAAAUCUUGGGGAGGCUGUUGAAGGACUGGAUAAAAUAGAGCCAAGAAUACAAGAGAAAAGUACAACUAAAAAGCCUGUUGAAAGGUUCACGUCACAACAAGGUUUAUGUAAGUCACAAGAAAUUCUGCCUACUAGAGUUGAAGAAAUUGUGCCAGAAGAUGUCACUAAUGUGCUGCUGAAAUUUGAAAUUAAAGAGGUUCUGGUGACACUGAUGAAAAAAUCAGAAAAAAAAGUCAAGCUUUUACAUGAACUAAAUGUGUUGCAGCUUGGAGUGGAAACCAGGGUUAAAACUCAUGUUAUGACUGCUAAAAUGUAUCUGAAAAAAAUUAAUAUGAAAUCUCAUGAUUUCAAAGAUUCUGAAGGAGAACCUCUUUGCAUCAUUAACUCUUGUAAUGUAACUGAUGAACCACUUCUGAAAAUGGAAUUCAUAAAGGCAAACACUGAUGGACCAGAAUUUAAAACUGUUCAUAAUAGUACUAAACAAACAGUAAAGGUAUCAUUUUCAUCAUUAGAUUUAGUCCUCCAUUUGGAAUCUUUGUUAUCUAUCAUGGACUUUAUGUCUUCAGCUGUUCCAUCCCAAGGCCUUCCCACUAAUCAGAAGGGAUAUGAGAUGAAACUGCCAAUAGAGGACCUUAAAAGCACCGCAGUCAAAGCUGUAUCUGACAUUUCCCAUCAAGAUGUUUUUGAUCUGAAAGUCACUGCAAAACUGAAUGCAUUUAAUAUCUUUGUCUGUGAUCAGAAGUGCAACAUUGCAGAUAUUAAAGUACAAGGGAUGGAUGCAUCUGUUUCUGUGCAGUCAAAGAAGACAGAAGUUUUUGCCAGGCUCAGAGAUAUCAUAGUUACAAAUGCUGAUCCAGUAUCCAUUCACAAAAAGGCUGUCUCCAUAGUAGGAGAUGAAGUCUUCAGGUUCCAAAUGACUCUUUAUCCAGAAGCAACAGAGGGAAAAGCCUAUACUGAUAUGUCUAAAGUAGAUGGUAAAUUAAGUCUUAAAGUGGGCUGCAUUCAAAUUGUUUAUCUUCAUAAAUUCUUCAUGUCACUUCUGAAUUUUCUCAACAAUUUCCAGAAAGCUAAAGAGGCUGUGAGCAAUGCCACAGCCCAGGCUGCAGAGAAGGCUGCUUCCAGUAUGAAAGAUUUUGCUCAAAAGAGUUUCCGUCUUUCUGUGGACAUCAACCUUAAAGCACCAGUUAUUAUUAUCCCACAGUCUUCAGUAUCUUCCAAUGCUGUUUUAGCAGAUUUAGGUUUAAUCAGAGUUGAAAAUAAAUUUAACUUGGUCCCUGUGGAACCGUGUAAUCUUCCUCCAGUUGUUGACAAAAUGAAUAUACAACUCACUCAGCUGAAGUUAUCAAGAAUUAUUUUGCAGGUUGGAUCUUCAAUACCUGACAUUGAAAUUUUACAACCAGUGAAUAUGUGUUGGUCCAUCCAACGAAACUUAGCAGCAGAGUGGUAUACAGAAAUUCCAGGAAUGAAAAUAAAAGGAAAUCUGAAACCAAUGCAGAUUGCCCUUAGUGAAGAAGAUUUAACCAUCUUAAUGAAAAUCUUAAUGGAAAAUCUUGGAGAGGGAGCUUUACAGCCGACUUCUAUACAACCAGUUUUUCCAGAGGAUUCAAGAGUGAAAAAAGGGAAAUCUCAGGAGGAUUCUGAUCAUGUGAGAGGUUCAGACUUUGAUACUCCUGAACAAGACAUGAAAACUCUGAAGCCUUCUGACAUUCAAAAUGUUACUCUUCAAUUUGAUUUCCACUUUGAGUCUCUUUCACUUGUCCUCUACAACAAUGAUAUAAAUCAGGGUUCCACACUUUCACUUCACAGUGACCAUUUACGUCUUGGUGAAUUCAGGCUCCAUCUUAUGACUUCAGCAGGAGAGAUGUUUAAUGAUGGUUCAUUAAAUAUCUACCUUAAACUGCAGACAUGUACACUUGAUGAUCUUAGAGAAGGUGUUGAAAAAGCUACAUCAAGAAUGAUUGACAAGAAGAAUGGUCAAGAUAAAAAUUCAAUGAUUGAUAUAAAUUACAAACAAGACAAAAAUGGAAGUCAAAUAGAUGCUGUUCUUGACAAGCUCUUUAUAUGUGCUAGUGUGGAAUUUCUAAUGACUGUGGCAGAUUUUUUUAUCAAAGCUAUUCCCCAAAGUUCAACACCUUCAACUGAAAAAACCACACAGAUUUCAUUAAGACAAACUACUUCAGCAAAAACCAAACCAGAGAGAGAAAGUUCUGGAAGGCCAAAUAUGACUAUAAAAGCAAAGAUAACAGAUCCAGAAGUGGUAUUUGUGGCUAGUUUGGCAAAGGCUGAUGCCCCUGCUCUUACAGCGUCAUUUAAGUGUGAUUUUUGUUUAUCAUCUUCCAAAGUUGAGCAGAAGAUGGUAGUAUCUGUGAAAGACCUUAAAAUGUUAGCCUGCCCUUUUAUCAGAAAAAAAGGAACAAAAAAUGUUACUACGGUUUUACAGCCUUGCUCUUUACUUAUGGAAAAACGUGAGCAUGUUUCCGGAGAACAAAAUAUAGAACUCUUAAUUGAAGAAUUUAUAAUUAAGGUUUCACCAGUAAUUCUCAAUACUGUAAUGACAAUCAUGACUGCUAUGUCACGAAAGAAAAAAGAGGAUGAAUCAAAAAGUAUAUCAAGCAGUACUGAAAACCUCUGGGCCAUCAAGUCUAUUGAUGACUGUAAUGCUUGGUUUCUUGGAGUUGACAUGGCAACAGAAAUAACAGAAACCUUUAAAGAUUUUGAACAUCUAUCAAUAAAGGAGAAUUUUAUUAUGGUUGUAAAAUCUGUUCAAGUCACCUUUGAAUGUGGCUUGGGACAUCGAACUAUACCGUUAUUAUUGAUAGAGUCUACAUUUUCAGGAACUUUUAAAAAUUGGUCUUCUCUGAUGGCUGCUACUGCUGACAUGACACUUGAGAUUCACUAUUAUAAUGAAAUACAUGCUGUCUGGGAACCUUUGAUUGAGAGAGUAGAAGGAAACAGACAAUGGAAUUUAAAGCUUGAAUUAAAGAAUAAUCCAGUCCAGGAUAAAAGCUUGAUGCCAGGAGAUGAUUUUAUUUUUCUUCCUGAACCACAAACAGCAAUUCACAUUUCUUCAAAAGAUACAAUGAACAUAACAAUAUCUAAAUGUUGCCUCACGGUUUUCAACAACUUAUCAAAGGCUUUUUCAGAGGGAACUGCAUCUACUUUUGAUUAUUCUUUAAAAGAUAGGGCUCCUUUCACAGUCAAGAAUGCAAUAGGUGUUCCUAUUAAGGUGCAGCCUAAUUCUAAUCUCCAAGUAAUGGGCUCAACUGUAAAAAGUGACAUUUAUGAUGUUGACAUUGAUCAGAUUUUGGAAUUGGAGUAUUCUACUUCAGAACCCUUGCAUCGAGGGAAACUAUCUGUAUUGAGUCGUCAGGAAAGCUCUCUCUUCACUCUGACUUUUGUGCCUUAUGGAUACACAGAAAUAGCAAAUAUUCCCAUUACCCGACCUGGACGAAGAUUAUAUAAUGUACGGAAUCCCUGUGUUAAUUUUUCUGAUUCAGCUUUGGUACAGAUUGAUGCAGCAGAAGGGAAUAAAGUGAUUACCCUUCGGUCUUCUUUGCAGAUCAAGAACCAUUUCUCUAUUCCAUUUACUAUCUAUAAAUUUGUUAAGACUGCUAAGUUACUGGAACCCAUUGGAACAGCCAAACCUGAAGAGGAAUUCCAUGUUCCUUUAGAUUCAUAUAGAUGUCAACUAUUUAUUCAGCCAACUGGAAUUUUGAAGGGUCAGUUUAAAGAGUCAACAACAUAUAUUUCUUGGAAGGAGGAGCUUCAUAGAAGUAAUGAAGUCAGGUGCAUUCUGCAGUGCCCAUCAACUGAAAUCAACUUCCUACCAUUGAUAGUAAACACAGUUGCAGUUCCUGAUGAAUUAAGUUAUAUUUCUACUCAUGGGGAAGAUUGGGAUCCAGCAUACAUUAUUCAUCUUUAUCCAUCUCUAAUUUUAAGGAAUCUGCUUCCAUAUUCUCUAAGAUAUUUACUUGAGGGAACUGCAGAUACUCAUGAACUAUCAGAAGGUAGUACUGCCGAUGUUCUUUAUUCAAGAAUAAAUGGAGAAAUUAUGGAAUUAGUUUUGAUGAAGUACCAAGGCAAAAACUGGAAUGGACAUUUUCGUAUACAAGAUACACUGCCUGAAUUCUUUCUUGUGUGUUUUACAUCGGACUCCACAGAAGUGAUGACAGUAGACUUAUCAAUACAUGUUAGGAGAAUUGGUAGCCGUAUGAUACUGUCUGUUUUUAGUCCCUACUGGCUCAUCAAUAAAACUUCUCGUGUUCUUCAGUAUCGUGCAGAAGAUAUACAUGUGAAGCAUCCAGCUGAUUAUAGGGACAUUAUUUUAUUUUCUUUCAAGAAGAAGAACAUUUUUAGUAAAAAUAAGGUACAAUUAAGAAUUUCAACUAGCGUCUGGUCCAGUAGUUUUUCAUUGGACACAGUAGGAAGUUAUGGUUGUGUAAAAUGUCCUGCCAAUAAUAUGGAAUAUCUGGUUGGAGUUAGCAUCAAAAUGAGCAGUUUUAAUCUAACAAGGAUAGUUACACUGACUCCUUUCUUUACUAUUGCCAAUAAGUCUUCAAUGGAAUUGGAAGUUGGAGAAAUUGCACCUGAUGGCUCAUUACCAACAAAUAAAUGGAACUAUAUAGCCUCUUCUGAGUGUCUUCCAUUUUGGCCUGAAAAUUUGUCAGGCAAACUUUGUGUGCGUGUGGUGGGCUGUGAAGGAUCCUCCAAGCCAUUCUUUUAUAAUCAACAAGAUAAUGGCACAUUAUUGAGCUUAGAAGAACUGAAUGGAGGUAUUUUGGUAGAUGUAAACCUUGCUGAACAUUCAACUGUGAUAACCUUUUCUGAUUAUCAUGAAGGAUCUGCACCUGCCCUAAUCAUUAACCAAACACCGUGGGACAUUCUUCAAUAUAAACAAAGUGGAUCACAGGAAGAAAUGGUUUUACUACCCAGACAAGUACGACUCUUUGCUUGGGCAGAUCCUACUGGCACCAAAAAAAUAACAUGGAGAUAUGCAGAAAAUGUGGGAGAACAUGACCUGUUAAAGGAUGAAUGUGGACAAUUUCCAUAUGAUGCAAAUAUUCAAAUACACUGGGUGUCAUUCCUGGAUGGACGCCAAAGAGUACUGCUUUUUACUGAUGAUGUUGCAUUGGUUUCCAAAGCACGACAAGCAGAAGAAAUGGAACAGGCUGAUCAAGAAAUAAAUGUGUCACUUCAUAGUCUUGGACUUUCACUGGUUAACAAUGAAAAUAAACAGGAAAUAUCAUAUAUUGGGAUAACUAGCUCUGAUGUUGUUUGGGAGAUGAAACCAAAACGGAAAUGGAAACCUUUUAGUCAAAAGCACAUAAUUAUUUUGGAACAAGCCUAUCAGAAGUAUCUUCGGUCAAAUGAGCAUGAAUGGAUUAAACUAGACAGCAAUUUUGAGGUAAAUUUUAGUAGAUCCCCUAUGGAAAUGCGAGUCCCAUUUCGGUGUCAUAUUAAGAGAGACUUCUUACCAGGUAUCCAUGUUGAGUUUAAGCAGUCUCCUCACCAAAGAAGUUUACGGGCCCAGUUGUACUGGAUUCAGGUUGAUAAUCAGUUACCAGGUUCAAUGUUCCCAGUUGCAUUUCAUCCUGUAGCCCCUCCAAAGUCCAUUGCUUUGGAUUCAGAGCCCAGGCCAUUUAUUGAUAUUAGCAUCAUCACAAGAUUUAAUGAGUAUAGUAAAGUGCUGCAAUUCAAGUAUUUUAUGGUUCUUAUCCAAGAAAUGGCUUUGAAAAUUGACCAAGGAUUCUUAGGUGCAGUUCUUGCACUCUUCACACCAGCUACUGACCCUGAAGCUGAAAGGAAAAGGACUAAAUUAAUCCAGCAAGAUAUUGAUACUCUAAACACUGAAUUACUGGAAACAUCCAUGACAGAUAUAUCAAGCCUCAGUUUCUUUGAACAUUUCCAUAUUUCUCCCAUUAAGUUACAUUUAAGUCUUUCCUUGGGUUCUGGUGGUGAAGAAUCAGACAAAGAAAAACAGGAAAUGAUUGCACUUCAUUCUGUCAACCUCCUAUUGAAAAGCAUAGGUGCUACACUGACUGAUGUGGAUGACCUCAUAUUCAAACUGGCAUAUUAUGAAGUUCAGUAUCAGUUCUACAAGAGAGAUCAACUCAUGUGGAGUGUUGUCAGGCACUAUAGUGAACAGUUUUUGAAGCAGAUGUAUGUCCUGGUAUUGGGUUUAGAUGUACUUGGAAAUCCAUUUGGAUUAAUUAGAGGUCUGUCUGAAGGUGUUGAAGCACUCUUUUAUGAACCUUUUCAGGGAGCUGUUCAAGGGCCUGAAGAAUUUGCUGAAGGGUUAGUAAUUGGAGUAAGAAGUCUCUUUGGACACACUGUAGGAGGAGCAGCAGGGGUUGUGUCCCGAAUAACAGGUUCUGUUGGGAAGGGUUUGGCUGCAAUUACAAUGGACAAGGAAUAUCAGCAAAAACGACGAGAAGAGAUGGGCCGUCAGCCUAAAGAUUUUGGAGACAGUCUGGCCAAAGGAGGAAAGGGCUUUCUGAGGGGAGUUGUAGGGGGUGUGACUGGAAUAAUUACCAAGCCUAUGGAAGGAGCCAAAAAGGAAGGAGCAGCUGGAUUCUUUAAAGGAAUUGGAAAAGGGCUUGUGGGUGCUGUUGCUCGUCCAACUGGUGGCAUCAUUGAUAUGGCCAGCAGUACCUUCCAAGGAAUUCAGAGGGCAGCAGAAUCAACUGAAGAUGUAUCUACUCUCCGCCCUCCUCGCCUGAUUCAUGAAGAUGGGAUCAUAAGACCAUAUGACAGAAGUGAAUCUGAAGGUCAUGAUUUAUUUGAGCAAGAACUGGAAAUAGAGGAGUAAAUAUUUCCCAUACUACUACUUGGUCUCAUCCUUAAAAAAUACUGUGGUAUUAAUUUACUGCUUGUGGAGUACUUAGAUUGAGGGUCAAUUUCAAUGAAAUAUUCUCUAGACCCUUAAUUUCAUUUGAACUUUUAAGUAUUAGUUUAUAGGCAUUUGACAUACCAAAUAAAAGUAUUAGGACAACUGAUUUGAAGCACAAAAAAAUGUGAUUAAAAAAAAUUAUAUUCUUUAGUUAGGUAGGGGAAAAGCCUUAUUGAGCUUCCAAAAUGAUGGGCUUUUGCUUUUCAAGUUUAGAAUUUUCAUCUUUUCUAAUACUCUUCAUGUGAACACUAUGAAACGUCAAUAUAGAAAAUACAAAACUAGAAUCAUUGUUUUGUUUCUGUUAACUCUGAGGUCCUAACACUUUGGUUACACAGUUUUUAUUUCUCAGAAUGCCAUAGCUUUUGUUGAGUUAUAAGUGUAUCAUCUUGGGCAUCUGUUUUAAUUAUUAACAGCUGAUGAAUUGCAAAUCAAAUUGUACUGAAGAUUUAAGACAAUUAGCUAAGAGACAAAGUAAACAUCAAUCACAUUUUAUUUUAUUCUAGAACUUUCUAUGUACGGCCACUUUUUUUUUUUUUGCACUCAAACUUUUUCAAAAUAGUCUCAACUUGGCACAGAAUAUUUGGUCUUGAUUAUUGUAACUCCAUAUAUUACUCUUUGUAAGAGAAUUAUUUAAGAAACAUACACAAUUUUCUGUGCUUUACAAACCAGCUAUGGACUUUUAAGACCAGUUUGAUUUUAGAGAAAUUAUUCUCUUGCCUCAUAUACAGUUCUAACAAUUCAUGAAUAAUAUAACUCUGAAAAUUAGCAUGAUCAGGGAAAUGUGGUGGUAUUUUUCUCUAAUAUUCAUCUGAAAUGAUCUCGUCCAAUAUAUGAUUUUUAUUAGAAGAGAAUCUGUUGUCUUUGAGCCACCUGACUUUACCAUAAUAUACUGCAGUUUUCUGUACACAUUGUCUCUGUCUAUAAAAUGAUGCAUUGUCACCUCCGGUGUCUAUAAUGCUUUCCUAAAUUAAAAAAGUUAGACUGAAAUUUUAAAUGAACAUUGACAUGAUAUGUGGUACCUGUGUAGAAUGAGUAUUAGGAUCUCAAAUCUUGAUUUGGGGUAUUUUUUUUUUUUAAGAUUGUUACCCAGGGAGGAAAUAAAAAGACUCUCUUAGAUGCUUUAGAGCUUGGGAAACAGCUGUGUAUAUGUAUAUUCAUAUAAUUUUCUGUGAAAAUGAUGGAUACAAAUUUGAGUUAUAGUCUUAAAUCAUCCAUUAAUUGUCUAUUUUAAGAUAAAACUGAUACUUUCUUUCCUAGGGUAUACUGAGCUUUUGAUGGAACUUAACUUUAGAAACCCCUUUACUUACAUGUGUUUUACCUUAUUAUUUAUUUAAUACUUUAAAUAAUUUUUAUAUUAAUACAUAUUAUCUUGUGUUUCCCUUCUUUAUGUGUUAUAAGAAGUACAUAAUUAAGAGGUGUAUCUUUUUUUUAAAAAAGUUCUAAGGAAAUAAAUAUGUAUUCCUAUUUGAUUUAUCAGUGGACUUGUUAAUUUUAUUCAUUAGUAAUAUAUUAUUUACUCAUAAGUAAUAUUGCUAAUAUCAUAAAAUCCAGAAUACUCUAGAGUCCCUUAUAUUAUAUAAAUAGGAAGAGGACUUGAUAACUUUGUAAUACAAUUGUUCAAGCUUGUCCUCUAGGAAAACUAGAAUUUUCUCCUUUGUUCCCUCUAUAAUAAUCAAUCAGGUAACCAAGUAUUGAGUGUCUACCUAUAUAUCUUAUACUGAAGGGGAUACAAAAGAUGUACUGCCCUCUGAGUCUCUGCCCUCAGGAAAUUUAUGGUAUAUUAUAUACACAUGCACACACAUAUAUAUGUAUAUGUCUUUAUAUAAAGUAAAAAUAACAUUAAUGAAGCAACUAAAGUACAAUUAAGUUCUUAACAGUAUGAUACUAACCACAAGUUCUUAGGUUUUUACUAGCCAUUUAUUAGAUAUUUCUCAUGACUUUCAUGUCUUUUUUUUUCUCAUUAUAUUAUUUUUGCUUAAUGAGAAUAAUUAAUGAUUUUCUCACAUUGUUGGAUAUCAAAUCUUGUUACAUAUUUUAAUUCAAUUUGAAAAGGAAAAAAUCUUCCAAACUACUCCCUACUCUUCUGGAAUGGAAGUAAGAAAAAAUUUGGAUAUUAGUACCUUAGCAGUUGAUCUAGUCUCUAACUUACCAGCUAUUCAUGGACAACAUGCCUAAAUAACUUCAUUUGAAAUAUCUAAAUGCUACAGGAUUUUUUUAGUUGCAUUUUCUUUUUCAUUUUAACAGCCAUUUAAUUUAUUUCUCUUUCUAAUAUUUCUUCUCUCCUUCCCUUUACUGGAAAAAAAAAAGGAAAGCAAAAAACCCUUGAAAUAAACAUGUAUAGUUAAGCACUAAAUUUUCAGAUUGGCCAGUGGAAUUUAUUAAAGCAGAAAAGAAACUGGUUUUUUGUUUUGAAUAUAAUGUCAUAUACUUUAAAAUUAUACUUAAAAGUUUUUUUUUGCUAAGCUCAACUACCAACAUAAAAGUUAGAGUAGUAAGCUAAUAGUUAUAUGUACAAGAUAGAAAAUGGUUAGAAUUUAAUAUACAUUUUAAUUUGAAUGUAUCAUACAUAUUAAAUUUAUAUUUCAAAAAUGAAAUUCAAAUGUAGAAAAUUACAAUAACUUUUCCAGUUAGAAAAAUUAGCACAAAUGUAAAAUGAUUUUAUCCAAGAAUUGGUAUUCCAGUGAAUUCCUAACACAGACUUUUGGUAUGACAAUUAUACCCUAAUUUGAGACCCAUUCUGAGAAAUAAGACUUCACCUUCUCUCUGAAAAUGGAUCUCCUUCCUUCCUUCCUGGAGUUUUGGAUUGCCUAAGGAUGAACUUGGACCAGGCAUCUGAAGAAUUGAUACUAGAAAAUGACAUGAGUAGAAUAAUCUUGCUGCCUGUUUAUAUAGUGUGUUUCUAUGAUAUUUGACUUGUGUUAUUUAUUUACAUAUUGUUAAACUGUUAUUUGCUUAUUAACUGCAAAUUCUAUGUAUUUUGAAAUUAGUUACCUCACAUUAUUUUCAUAAUAUACAUCUAAAUACCAAUUAAUAACCUAAGUGAUAAUUUGAUUAUUGAAAUGACCAGUUUUUCAGUUUUUAAUGUGACUGUGCACAUAUUACAUGUAAUAGUGACUUUGAAAGAGUCCAGAAGAAUGUUUCUUCUGUAUUUAUUGUUUCUAUUUGGAUUGUCUUGUGUUUAUAUUUGUUUUUAGCAAAAAAAUUAUGGUAACUUUUAAAAUAUUAGAAAUUCUGUCAUUGUCAUUAAUAUUGUCAUUGUACUUUUUAUCUGAAAUAAAAAAAACAGGUAAAUAUAAUCCUGUCUAUAUAUAAUCUACAAAUGUAUCUUUUAUUUUAUAGUUACAUUAAAGUAAUGAAAUAUGUUACCUUUUUGCAUUAUGGAUGAGGAAAUUCCUAGAUAUAGCCAUUUUCCUGUUGUUUGUUAAUAUAAUAUUAUAGUACUUCCUUUUCAUAAUUUUGGUAUUCUGUAAUCAGAGCUUAAUUAAUCUUUUAAAAUCAAUUUGGUCAUUUGUUAAAAUUUUAAAAAGAUCAUUGUAGUAGAAAUGGUGCUAGUAAACCUUUUGUAAAUAUUUAUUUGUAUAGGAAAUAAGGAAAAUUGGCAAAGGACAUGGAAGGGUUUUUUUUCCCCUAGUUUCCUAUGCUAAUAUUAGUUCAGAUUCCAUUUGUAGGAAUUGAUGUUUCAAAUCUAGAACUUGCAAUGUAAUGAGAAUAUCUGCUUUUCAGUAAAUGGAGGUGACUGCAAACAUGUGUGUCUAGUGUUUGAAUUUUUUUUUUCU